AAAAUACCGGUUUCUUUGUUAAUAUCAUUACCAGUCCAAAGAACGCAUAGAGUUGCGUCCUAUAUAUAUAAGCACAAUGCCAUGGAAGAUCGUCUUUUGAUCUGCUCAAUGCACACAAGCUGCUAGUCUACUCUCUCAAGAGCCUGAAAAUCUAAAAGAGACAAUGACAAAUAGUAAACGUAAACCCUCUGGUAGCGACAAGGGAGAGCUGGAUAAGGGUAAGAAGAGAGUUAAAAACACCAAAGCAGGCAAAGAGGACGUGGAAACUGGCGAAUCGUUCCACCUGGCUCAGGAGUCUCAGGGGCCCUUUAUAGUUCGCCAGAGACCUGCGCUCAGUGGUGUAGCCACCGAAAUCCUGCAAGAGACCAUGCGCCAUGUUCGACAGCCUCAGAUGGACCUGGUGAUUCAACCUACACCACCGGGGUUUACCUUCAGGCUAGAGGAUGAUUACGGAAGCCCGACAGGCGUCCGCAAUCGAAGAGCCUUGCACUGGAUAGACCCGUCAAUCACGCAGACCUGGCCGUCAUACCCGCCCGAAGAUACUUGGUUCGAGGAACGCGUUCGACCCUCAGUGGUUCCGCCGUUGCAAGGUCGGUAUGGGGACAGGAUCCACCUGCAAGAUGUGUCAUGGGAAUUGCUUCCCGAAGGACGCGUGUAGGUUUAUGGCGGACUAUCGGAAGAAACCGAGCACAUAAAAUAUUAGCUACCCAAGGGGAGACGCGAAGUCCGGACACUGGUGAUUGUCGAGCCAGAGGAGUUGGAUGAUCCAUACGAAACGUAUGAUAUUGAAACCUACUGUAGAAUCCGAGAAGCGCUCAACGAGGAGGUAGAGUACCCGUUGGAGAACGCGAUCACGGGAUUUUGCCUGUGAUGCAGAGAAGAGCGAGCUUGCGGUCGUACCAAUACGCGUAUAGAUCACGAUGGGGCCAACCGUCGCGAGUCAACAAGGAUGACGAAGUGAUUGAGCUCGGCGACGGUGACAACGGUUACAACGAAGACCUCAUGGAGAUAAAGGAAUACUAUAGGAGCAACAAUUUAGGUAAGAGAGGAAGUGAUGUACGGCUUUCGAACAGGUAACCAAAACCCGAAAAUAGUCACUAAGUAAGAAAUAAAGCACACACUGUUUAGACUUUGAGAUAUUAUGAACUAUA